CGCGGCGCGCCUGGCCGGGCGGUGCCCGCGGGUCCCGCGGCCGCAUGAGCCGCGCGCGGGGGGCUCUGUGCCGGGCCUGCCUCGCGCUGGCCGCGGCCCUGGCCGCGCUGCUGCUGCUGCCGCUGCCGCCGCCGCUGUCCCGCGCGCCCGUGCCGGCCCCGACCCGGGCCCCGGCCCCGACCCGGGCCCCGACCCCCGACCCCGGCCCGCGCGCGCCCCCUGCCCGGCCCGCCGCCUCCCCGCUCCUGCGGCCCGACGACGUCUUCAUCGCGGUCAAGACCACCCGGAAAAACCAUGGGCCGCGCCUGGGGCUGCUGCUGCGCACCUGGAUCUCCCGCGCCCGACGGCAGACAUUCAUCUUCACCGACGGGGACGACCCUGAGCUGCAGCUCCAGGGAGGCAGCCACGUCGUCAACACCAACUGCUCGGCUGUGCACACCCGCCAGGCUCUGUGCUGCAAGAUGUCGGUGGAGUAUGACAAGUUCAUCGAGUCCGGACGCAAGUGGUUCUGCCACGUGGACGAUGACAACUACGUGAACUCGGAAGGCCUGCUGCAGCUGCUGGCCACCUUCUCACCUAGCCAGGACGUUUACCUGGGGCGGCCCAGCCUGGACCACCCCAUCGAGGCUACCGAGCGGGUCCAGGAAGGUGGCACCGUGACCACCGUCAAGUUUUGGUUUGCUACAGGCGGGGCCGGGUUCUGCCUGAGCCGGGGCCUGGCCCUCAAGAUGAGCCCCUGGGCCAGCCUGGGCAGCUUCAUGAGCACCGCCGAGCGCGUGCGGCUGCCGGACGACUGCACGGUGGGCUACAUCGUGGAGGGGCUGCUGGGUGCCCGCCUGCUGCACAGCUCCCUUUUCCACUCCCACCUGGAGAACCUGCAGAGGCUGCCGCCCAACUCCGUGCUCCAGCAGGUCACCCUGAGCUAUGGGGGCCCUGAGAACCCUCAGAACGUGGUGAACGUGGCCGGAGGCUUCAGCCGGGAGCAGGACCCCACAAGUUAACCGGCUACACAUGGAAGCUCAGCUCCGGACGGGGCCACACAGCAUUCAGCUCCUCCCUGUGAGGCUCUGCCCCGAGACCAGCUCCACCUGGGCAGAGCUGCCUUCCUCCCGGCCUCCCAGUCAGCCUUGAGCUGCCCGCUGGACUCCCCGGCGUGACCCGGAGCAUACAUGGGGGUGGGGAUCCUGCAGAAACGAGGGGAACAUGACACACCUCGCCCCAGGAGGCAGACUUCCUGGGUGUUUUGCUUGCUUUUUCAGAACGCUGUGGCACGUGUGUGUGUGUCUCACAGGCACAGAAGCGUCCAUGAGUGUGUGUGCAUACGUUCACGGGUGUUCACGGGUGUUCACGCGUGUGUGUGAACUGCUGUGUAAAUGAGCGUAUGCUGCUAUGUAGGUGGGUACGAACGUGUGCGUGCUGUGCAGAGGGGGGCAGACGUAUGUGUCUCUGUGUUAGGGCAGGCCAGCAGUAAAGUACCCAAACAAGCAGCUUGGAGUCAGCAAAGGCUGGUGGUGGGGCACCGGUCCCUUGGAGAGGUUUCUGGCAGGUCACCGGGGACUGUUUGUGCUCAGCGGCCACUCCCCCUCACGUUCCCAGACGUGAGAUGUGCAGCAGCUCCUCGGGACCUAGACAUGAGCUGAGCCUCCCAGGCCCCAGCCACGGGGGCCUCCGCAGAGCACAGACUCAGGGCAGCAUCACAUGGGACCAGAGUGCCCCUCCCCAGCUGGGGCAGCCUCAGCCUCCCACCGGGACGGCCAGCCUCAGAGGUGCAGGCUCCCUCCUCGCCAGGUCCAGGGGAGCAGUCACCCCCAAGCCCAGCACCCUCCAAGGGGAGACGGGGCUGGCCGGCACCCUGACGCUGCCAGGUCUGCCCCAGUGGGUGGUCCGUCUACUU